UAGUUUUUGAAACUUUGAACUUCCUUGUUUAUCUGACCUUGAUUCGCGAUGAUAACCUAAUUUACAUCAUGUGACACAUAAUGUAUGUCAUGCAGGAUGUUUCAAGAUAGUAUUCCUAUUGUUGUCAUAUAGUUUAGACUACAUCUUGGGACAAUGUUAAAUUGCAGCAGGCGUACAACAUGGAUCUGUUUAAUCGUGGGCUCCAUCAUCCUGGCAAUUGGUUUGAUAUCAAUUCCCGUCCUUCAUCUCAUAAUCCGUCAACAGAUCAUCAAUAAUGUGAUACUCAAAAAUGGUACCCAAGGUUACGAACAAUGGAGGAAUCCAGCGCCACCUAUUUAUCUCCAAUUUUGGACAUUUGAUUUGAAAAACCCAGCUGAGGUGAUGCAAGGGGAGAAACCCUAUGUUGUAGAACGUGGCCCCUACACAUACAGAGAACACCGUCAUAAAGUAAAUAUUACAUUUAAUCAAAAUGGAACAGUUUCCUAUAGACAGAUAUUUAGUUAUAAUUUUGUCCCGGAGAUGUCUGUUGGACUGGAUAACGAGACGUUUCUGACAGUGAAUAUCCCCCUAGCAACACUUGCAACUGCAGUGGUAAAUUCCCCAGCAAUUGUACGAGAUGCUGCAACAGUUGCACUUGGAUUAUUUACAGAGGAGCUAUUUGUGAGGAAAUCUGUUAAAGACAUGGUCUGGGGAUAUAAGGAUAAAGGCCUAGCAGCUGCAAAGGUUGUUGAUCCUAGUUGGUUCACUCAAGAUAUGGUCGGGAUUCGAGCUGGGAAAAAUAACACAGAUGAUGGACUAUAUACAGUCCAAACUGGCGAAAAUGAUAUUCAGUUCCUUGGUGUUAUAGAUAAGUACAAUGGAAUGAGCUCAGUGCCUUAUUGGACCACAUCACUUGCUGAUCAAAUUAAUGGCACAGAUGGAUCUAUAGGGCCGCCAUUUUUAAAUCGUGACAGAAUCGUUGGUAUGUUUUCAUCAGAUAUUUGUCGCAGUGUGAUUGGCCUCUAUGAAGCGGAUGAUGUCACACCACAGGGUAUUCCUUUAUAUCGCUAUACAGGCCCCUAUCGUGAACUAGCUAACGCAACCAUUGAACCAUUGAAUAAAGGGUUCUGCACACCUCCUGAUCAUUGUAUGGGUACAGGUGUACUCAAUAUCAGUACCUGUCAAAUCAUCGAUAGAUUCCAUAUCCCACUUGUUGUAUCGUACCCACACUUUUAUAUGGCUGAUUCAAAGUACAAGGACGCCAUCUAUAACAUGCACCCAGGCAUACAGCAUCGAACUGAUGUUUGUGCUGAACCUAACACAGGGUUCAUUAUGAAGGCAUUCAAACGACUUCAGAUUAAUAUAUAUCUGCAAAAAGUUGAUUCAGUCCUUCAAACAGGCAACAUUCAAACAAUGGUCUUCCCAGUGGCUUGGAUCAAUGAAUCUACUGUCAUUGACGAUGCAAGUGCUGCAAAAGUCCAAAUGCAGCUCCUGAAUCCAAAAUUGCUAAGUUUUGUUGCUCAAAUUGCGAUGAUCAUUAUAGGGAGCUUGAUGGUGAUUGUAUCAGCAAUUCUCUUGUUCUUACGAAGGAAUAUUCCUGAUGAUGCAUUUUCCAGGGGCAGCACGAGAGAAAUUGAUGAUAUCCCUCCGAAUGAAAGAACGCCCCUUUUGUCAGAAAAUAAUCCUCAAUAUGGUAAUGGCCCAACUCCCAAUGGUGUUCCAACUGAGGACGGACCCACUUCCUCUCAGUAUCCCCACUCUUCCAUUGGUGUACCCCCUCCCUCUCCCAACCCUUCAAAAGAUAAACCCCCUCUGACCCUAUCUUCUGUCCCUUCUGAGGACCCCAAAGAUUUAAUUCCUGAUAAAGAAGUCCCUGUUAAUGAACCUAGUCCUGACAGUGUGCUAUCACCUCCUAAAGAAAACCCUGCCCUCCAGAGCCCCUCCCCUACACCUUCUUUACAUUACGUUGAACAUACAGAGGAUACUCUACCCCCUGUCCCUGUUGUGAAGAUAACAAGCCCAACCCUUGCCUCCCCUAAAAUACUCAUUGAUGAACAAGCUCCUAUUGGUGAACAAAAACCCAUGGGAGAACAAACCCCAGUUGAUGAACAAAAGCCCAUUGGUGAACAAAUGCCCAUUGGUGAACAAAUGCCCAUUGAAGAACAAACACCUAUUGGAGAACAAAAGCCAAUCAUUGAACAAAUGCCCAUCAGUAAGCAAAUACCCAUUGAUGAAAAAAUGCCCAUUAAUGAACAAGUGCCUAUUGGAGAACAAACACCAAUUAGUGAGCAAAUGCCCAUUGGAGAACAGUCACCCAUUGAAGAACAAACGACCAUUAGUGAACAAAUACCCAUUGGUGAACCAACACCAAUUGGAGAACAAACACCCAUCAAUGAUCCUUUUAAAGAACAAAACUAUCAUUUCAAAUAG